CAGGAGCUGUAAAAGAAAAGAGUUUUAUUGAGCCUGGAAUGGACAUGGUUGAUGAUUAUAGAGAAAUGUUUUGGAUAUAUUUUGUCAUUAGAAUUCUACAGUCUAAUCAUAUUGAUACGAAUUUUAUCACAAAAUUUAAAGUAUACAUAUCUCUCACUUACAGAACUAGGAUUAAAGUUUUAUGCUAGUGACAGAGUUAUCUGUAUGUAUUAAUGAGGGUGGAGUGAGACAAAAGCUAAAAAUAAUUAGUUGUUGAUACAAAGCUUACAGAAGAUUGCCUAGAUGAUUUACCAAUAGAAUCUCAAUGAUAAUACCCUGUGUAUCUGCUGGAGACAAGGAGCAUGCACACCACACCAGCUUGCAUGGGUACAUGAGAGAAGUUUGUGUUGCAUAUUUAUGGAACAGAAAUCAGUUCAGAAAAAAAAACUCCAAACCAAACAAACCUAUACUCAGAAUGUAAUCCUAUGUAGACCAGGCACACGAUUAUACACAUGAACGCUUCAGAUCCAGACUCUGUGACUAGAAAGCGUAACCUGUGAUGUAGCAGAGGAUUUGAAUCUUAGAAGGGGACCUGUAAAAUUUUGGAUUCAAAUGAAACUGCAUGACAAGUGGCCUAUGAGGGAAACGAACUAUUCCAGUAGGAGAUGUAUCCAAAUGAUUAGUGGAUAGACUCACAAAAAAUAGCAUCAAGUAUUCAACAUCUACAGUAUUUUCCUUGAUGAAAAACAACUCUUAAAUGCUUUUCCUGUUAAUAUCACUAAAAAAACCUCAAGCUGUUAAAAAAAGAAACAGGAGAGUGGAGAGUGUAUAACAUGAAACCUCCUAGAAGUCUGUUUCACUAUUGAAGGGACACAGAAUGAAUAACCAGAAAUGUGACUUCUUUUCACACAUAUGCAAUAUAGAAAUGUUUGUUUAAUUCCUUCUUUACAGUUAGAUCACUGAAAAAUACAAUAUCCCACACUCCCAUAUAAAGACACACUUGCAUACACAUCCGCACCUUAGCAAGCUUCUUGAAAUUCACACAUAAAUAAUUAAUUACUAUCACUAAUAAAUCUUUAAUUCUUACCCUAGGAGGGUGGAUAUGAACAUUCUUACUUUGAGUAACGGGCUUCCUACACUGAAGGUGCUUUGAGAUUGGAAAGAUGUAAAAUGCUGACAGGGUUUUUUUUUUUAAUCUGCAACAGGGACCCAAAUAAUUUCAGAGCCUUCAUUCUGUAGUAGCUGCAGAAAAGUGCAUUCACUUUAAAAACCUGAUGCCACUCUUAUCAAGGUCAAUAUAAAAAAUAAAACCAUAAAUCAACUUUUAGUCUGAGGGCUCAUGGUAAUUUUUGUGACUUUAAGCAGGAUGCAGACACUAAGCUGUAUCUAAAUUUGUGCCAACUGUAGGCCCAAAUCACAUGCUGUUAUAACAGCAUCUAGCAUAUGCUCAGUCUCUGCCUCGGAACAGAAAAUGUAAAAUGUGACGAAGCACACAGCAACAUGAGCUCAGUUAAGACGCAGAUGCCUUUCCUAGAGAGGGUGUUCUGGAAAGAGAUAUAGAAAGAACUACUCAAGAUACAUACGUACAUACAGAAAAAAUAUAUGUCUAUGUAAUGUUUAACAUAUGUUAAUGUAACCUACUAUUUCUAUAUAGCUAUGUUAAUAUAUACAGUAAAAAUAGAAAAGCAAAUUUAACGUAUAAACAGCAAAUACAUCCAACUGUACUGUAUGUAAGCACUGUAAUAUAUAUACUGUGCAGUACUAUGUACCGUAGCAAAUACUACGUACAUGAUAUACCUUAUUACAUAUAUCACUGUUUAAAAUCUAUUGUCUGUAAAAUAUAUUGUAUAAAUACAUAAAAAAGCCCUAUACUUAUAUCUAUAUAACUACGUGUUUAUUCAAGUCAAGGUACAUUAGUGGAGGAAGCAGAACCAUAGAAAACAGGGACUAUUUAUAUAUUCAUGUAUUUAUUUUUCAGCUCCCUUUGAAAAUCGCUUUCCAAGCAGUCUAUAAAACAGUAUGUGAACUUUAAUAUUUCACUAUAAAAGACAAUGUAGCCAUGCUCUGCAUUUUACAGGAACUUUCUGGGGUACUAUACGGCCUAUGGUUUUCUUCAGGACAUAAAAAAUAGUUUGCAUAUGGAAGAGAGCUUAACAUGGGUGUAAGGCCAAUCAACUUUGAUUUCAGCAGUACCAGCCUUUCUAUGAAAGGUCUCACAACAGAUUCCAUCCUAAUUAACAUGGUUUUAAUCCUGUUAUUGUGGGGCUGGCUGGAAGUGACAGUGAGUUUUACCAUUGACAUCUGUACCCGGGCUGUCUUUGCUUGUAUGCCAGAGUCACUGCUUAACGUUUGCUCUUCCCUCUGCUUGGCUCAGUGGGCCCCUCUUGGAUGCUUUUUGGUCUUCCAAAGCCUGCAGUGCAACCUGCUGCCAGGACAGACAGCACGACUGUAGGAAUGCUGGGCACAGCUUCCCUGCACAAACUUGCGCAAGAAAUGCCUGACACUGCUACCUAAAUUAAUGCAGCUGUGGCUUCCAUGAGCUACCCUGGCAGUGACCAUGGGUGUUUGCUCCUAUAAAUGUCCCUGGAUUCAGAUACAUAAUUCAAGCAUUACUUAGCUUAUGUGGUGUCGCAAAAAUAACUCUAAACUCUUCAGUAUUUUUCAGGAAUAAAAGUGUUUGCUGUGUCUACCAGUGAACUACUUACUGCUUCUUCCAACUAAGGGGCCAGGAUCUGCCCAGAGACCGCAGAGACCUGGCUGCUUUACAAACAGGUGAAAAACUACUCAUGCCUGGAUCUGAAAAACUUGCAGUGGAAGCAGAUGAUACACAAAGUAUAACAACAGUAUCCCAGAGAAAGAAGGAAUGAUAAAAUGUAACACUACUGAGAUUUGUAGGUCUGUAUCUUCUGGUUUAAUGACUGAAGUUUGUAAACGUAGAAUAAUCCCUAAGGCUUCGCGCACAAAGCAAACAGAUUCAUAGGCAAUGGAAUUUGUCCUUCAAGGUGCUGGUCCUUUGUGGGUGGGUUCUUUGAUGUGUUAUAGGUAUUGCCACUUGUGCUGCAGCCUUUUUUGUGGGUGCCAUGCUCCUUUCCAGAUUAUUUUUUCGUUCAUCGUGGCUGAUGCUAGUUAAGAGUUUCAAAUUUUGUUAAUAGAAAAUAAACAGACAACCCUAUCAAGUCCUUCCCUUCUCGCUAACUGGCUCAGCAAACUGGAAUAUCCCCAACUACAACAUGAGUUUUCUCUUUCUGUCCCUAAAUGGUCAGUCUCAGGUCCUAUUACAUCUUUGAAAAUCCUAUUAAUAAAGCUCUCACUAAACAAAGAACACGCAAUAAAGUUAGAAAAACACCAUCACACGAUAACCACAUUUACUUUUGUACACACUUUGCAACAUAGUGUCAUAAUGUCAACAGUUGUAAUUACUUUGGCCUCCUCACACUAAUCUAAAUGUUGCAUGGAAUGCGCAAACUUUACCCAUGAGAAAAGGCAUUACGGUAAAGGCUUUAGUUAUGCAAUUACACGAUUGCAUUCUACCUCUUUCCCUACAGGAUUUUAGUCUUAAGGGCAGAUUUUUUGGGGGGUAAUUUAGUGAUCACUAUUACAAAUAUAGAAUCAUAGAAUGGUUUGGGUUGGAAGGGUCCUUAAAGAUCACCCAGUUCCAAUCCACUUGCUAUGGGCAGGGACAUCCCACUAAAUGAGGCUGCCCAGAGCCCCAUCCAACCUGGCCUUGAACACCUCCAGGGAUGGGGCAGCCACACCUUCCCUGGGCAACCUGUGCCAGUGUCUCACCACUCUCACAGUGAAGAAAUUCUUUCUAAUGUCCAGUCUAAACCUGCCCCUCUCCAGUUUAUACCCAUUCCCCCUCAUCCUAUCCCCACAAGCCCUUAUGAAUAGUCCCUCUCAAGCUUUCUUGUAGAAAUAUGUAAAUGAUAUAUGCAAAACAGUUUUUAUAAACUUUUUUUUUUUCUUUUAAGGGACAGAGAAAGGGAGCGAAGGAAGAGGUGAUCAAGAUUUUAACCAACAACAACUCAUUGCUGACUGCCCAAAUUUCAGUUCCUGCUUCCGAAGUUCCUGCACGCAUCAAGAUCUCUGUUAAUUCCUCGUGUUAAUUCCACGAGCCUUUUCGCAACCUUUAGCUGGAACAGAGGUGAAUACAGUGAAACAGAGUGACAUCUGCGGCACCCCUGCUCCCGCGGAGGGUGGGGCCGGGGGUGGGGAUGCGCGGACACGUCUCGUGCCGCCAGAAGCCAAGCGAGGCGCGCGGCCGGCAGGGCUUCUCCGCGCUCUCCCGUUCCGCGGCCAUCGAACGCCGCCCCGCCCGCUCCUCCGAGCCGAGGGGCUCCGGCGGCCCCGGGCGGCCAGCCUAGUUGGAGAAGAGACGAAAACCAAAAAUGCCACCAGCAACAGGAACACCACAGUACCCACCUCCAGAUGGAGGUUGGGGAUGGGUUGUGGUCUUCGGGGCUUUUAUCUCCAUUGGAUUUUCUUAUGCAUUCCCUAAAGCCAUCACAGUAUUCUUCAAAGAAAUACAAGAAAUCUUCCACACAUCAUACAGUGAGAUAGCUUGGAUAUCAUCGAUAAUGUUGGCUGUCAUGUAUGCAGGAGGUCCCAUAAGCAGCAUUCUGGUGAAUAAGUAUGGCAGCCGGCCUGUGAUGAUAGCAGGAGGCAUCCUGUGUUCAUUUGGUAUGAUUGCUUCCUCUUUCUGCAACAGUGUCCUGGAGCUCUAUAUAUGUAUUGGUGUCGUAGGAGGUCUGGGGUUAGCGUUCAACCUACAGCCUGCCUUGACCAUGAUUGGGAAGUAUUUCUAUAAGAAGCGUCCCAUUGCUAAUGGAUUGGCCAUGGCUGGAAGUCCAGUUUUUCUGAGCACUUUGGCACCUCUCAAUCAAUUCCUUUUUAAUGCAUUUGGCUGGAAAGGAAGCUUUCUCAUUCUGGGAGGACUUCUUUUGAACUGCUGUGUGGCUGGGUCACUUAUGAGACCUGUUGGACCGAGAACAGUCCCUCCUGUGAAAAAAGAUGUUGAAAAAGGCACAGGAGAUUCUGCCUUGCACAAAAACAACAAGAAGUCUUUUUGGCAAACUAUAAAUAAAUAUCUAGAUCUGUCCCUCUUCAAACACAGGGGGUUUCUGAUCUAUUUGUCAGGAAAUGUCAUUAUGUUUAUCGGUUUCUUCGCUCCAAUAGUAUUCUUGGCUCCUUAUGCCAAGCACAAGGGAAUUGAUGAAUAUUCUGCUGCUUUUUUGCUAUCUAUCUUAGCCUUUGUAGACAUGUUUGCUAGGCCUUCAAUGGGACUUGUAGCAAACUCCAAGUUUAUCCGGCCAAAAAUUCAGUACUUUUUUAGUUUUGCUGUCUUCUACAACGGCGUCUGUCAUAUUUUAUGCCCUCUGGCAACAAAUUACACAGGCCUGGUGAUAUAUGCUGUAUUUUUUGGGUUUGCAUUUGGAAUGGUUAGCAGUGUUCUUUUUGAGACAUUGAUGGACCUCGUUGGGGCUGCCAGGUUUUCUAGUGCGGUUGGACUUGUCACCAUUGUGGAAUGUUGCCCUGUGCUCAUAGGCCCUCCUCUAGGAGGUUGGUUAGUGGACGUUACUGGUGAAUAUCAGUACAUGUAUUUUGUCUGCGGAGUGAUUGUGGUUGUGUCCAGUAUCUGGUUGUUCAUUGGCAAUGCCAUUAACUACAGACUUCUGGCAAAAGAAAAGAAGCUAGAGGAUGAGAAGCAGAAAGCACAAAAGAACACUGACUUGAAGGAGGCAGAGCCAUUAACAAACAAUGAGAAUGAAGAUGCUGCCAACAGAGAUGAUAAAGCUCUUGAAGAUCCUUCAGAAAGAGAAACCAAUAUUUAAUCUGCAAUAUAGCUCAGAAGGCAACAUUUAUGACUUUCAUUAGAAAAAUGUCUCCAGGGGACAGUCCAGGUUUUGUGGUAAUAAUGAUCAGUCACAAUAUUAGAUGGGAACAGAUUUUUUUGCCCCACGGCAAGACUCUAAGUUAAAUUACUAUCUACAGUUUAUUUAUUUCAGUGAUAAAAAAUUGAGAUUACAGAGGUAGCGACUCUGUACAAAUGAAGCCAUCAAACUAUGACUCUGGAUAAUUAGGAGUCAGGUAAAGCAGACAAUAAAGCCUUCCAAUGAUAUAUAGUUUAGUUUCAAAAGUAUACCUAGUACAAAAGUAUCUCUUACUCAGGAAGAUACUUUGUGUUCAUCUUUAGAGUAUUGUUAAAGUCUGCUGAAAUAAUCUGCCCAAACUGUACUUACUACUAAUACUAAAAGCAACAUAAGCUCAAAGAUUUAUUUCAAAAGAGACAGAGCACCUGAGUGAAGCACAUUGAAACUUUUUUGUAUGCUCACUAGAUCAAAAAGAUGCAUUAUGUCUGUAUAAACAAUUAUACUACGAAUGUAAAAAUUAAGGCUGGAAGAUAACAGUUGGUGGGCACCAUCUCUAAAAUGUAAUGAACAGAUGAAUUGAAAUAUAUUCCAGAAAUUGUUUCCUCCUGUGAUAGCUGACUGCAUUGUGUUUCAACAUAUACAUUUGAACACAAAGUACAUUCAGACCUCACUGACUCAAACUAAACUAAAAUCUGCCUGUUCAUGAAAGGAUUUAAAACCAAGAUUUAGAACGCUAAGUAGAGUGGCAAUUAGUUUGUUCAUCUUUGUGUUCCUUUUGGGCUGAAGGCACUGGGUUGGACUGUGAAGCCUUGUAAAGGGUCUGAAUUCUGAAUCCACCGAUGUUAAGAGGAUAUUUGCCCUUGGCUUUUGUAGCCUGAAUCAGUUCCACAUAAAGACUUCAAAGUAGAUGCUUGGGUUUAUUGGCAAGUCAUUGGUUGUUUGGUGGUCCUCUGAGAGGAGAGUUAAGGUCUAACUUUAGGUCUUUGCAGACCGAUAACUCCAUACCAGUUCUCACCUCCCUGUCCCAUGUACUUAGUGAAAAGCUACUUCAUUUUCAUAAUUCCAGUUCAACCAAAAAUGCUGCAAGGCACGUUGACAGUGCCGGUCUGAAAGCUUUGUAUUGACAUAUUAUUUUUCUGCAGGAUAUUUGGCCUUGUGUCUACAGUUUCACACAGACACUCAUAUAGAUUAAAAUGUACACAAUUGUUCCUCUUCCUUUGGGCGAAAGAAAUCGUAAGACUACAAUUUUACUUUACAAUUUACUAUUCAGCAUUGCACUUGAAAGCUAAAAGUGCAAGCUUCUGAAGUUAUUAAGUAUUUCUGUUCUAUUUGUAGGUGAGAAAAGGUGCUAUUUGUUUUGGAGAGAUGCAUUUGAAUGCCUCAGAAGUUGUGAAAAUUAAGGGUCUGAUUCAUAAAACAUUUAUGUACUGUUCAUGCAGGAUAUACAUACGUUCAAUUCAGGGAAAAGAAUAUAAUUCAUUUUAGCUCUCUUUUAAAUCUUAAAGUUGCAAAUAUAUCGGACAGACAGCUAGUUGUGUUAAGCACAUUUUUAAGUGCCAGUAUUAAAAAAAAAGAUAAAAUCUAGCAGGUACAUGAAUGCUUUCAAGAAAGCCAUGCCUUAACAGUAGUGUAUAAUGUUAUUAUUUUCAUUAUUUUAAAAAUUUUGGUAGUGCUUGCUUCUGUUUUGCUGGAUUAUCAUCUUAUAUGCCAUGACCUUCCACAGUAAUGCUGAUUUUUUUCAUUAUGUCAGCAGAGUUUUGGGGGAAAAUCAUAAUGAAUCUACUGACAGCAUGUUGCAGAAAUUAAUACCUACUUUUUGCCUAAUUGUAUGCAGGAAAAACAGACACUUAAAAGUCCUGUAGUUUUAUAGGCACAUCAGCAACAAAAUAUGUGCAUUUCAGAGUUUUGGGAGAAAUAAUGGGUUUCAUGCUCAGAUCUGAGCAGUCAACUCUGUAAAGGAGAAUUGCUUAGUCCCAGUAAAAUUAGUUACUGUCUCAGCCUCCAACUUCAGAGAAGAAAUAAAUACAGAGCACCUCCUUCAGAACCAUAGCCCUGCCAGAACCCCAUUAGGUAAAACAGUUUCUCUGUUUUUGGCUAUACAAACAUACAGGGUGAAUUCCAGGAUCUGUGAAAGCCCGAUGUGCUCCGAUCCAGAAAGUGAUGAGGAGUUUCACACACAUAAAGCUUUCAUAGAGUCAGGAAUUUCAGUUAUAAAUACUGGAUUUUAAAAGAUGAACUGAAAUUUUAGCUAAAGAGGAGUCAUCGGGAACAUCUGCUCUUGACAGCAAGUGGUAGAAAGGCAGAGAUUAUUUGAAAAGAGAUGAAUUAUAGAGUCUGAAUCAAAACGACUGAGGCAAAAUUCUAGGUGCUUAUUAUCUCUUUGCAAAAACCAGCAUGAUUAAGAAUAUAGAGUAGAAGACAAGUGCCAAGGUUUGACUUAAAUCUGUCAAAAGUUGCUGUUGAGUAAAUAAAAGACUCAGGAAAGAUACAAAAAGGCUCCCAGGAAACAUGAAGGCAACUUAGAUGUUGUAUGCUGGAUCACAGAAUGCAAUACAACAUGGCAUUGGAAACAAGGGAAAAACAAGUUUCCUUGAGCCAUAGACACACCUGACCACCAGUAACAAAAACUAUAUUAAUAUCGCAGACAAAAUAAAAAUUUAUAUAAAUACAACCCUCUGCAGACCUACUAUUCUUUCCUCUUUUGUCAAUUAUAUUAAAAAAAAAUAGAAAAUGCUGCUUAACCACCACUCACCGAUGUGUAAUUUUUAAUCCCAUGGGGUUGCCAGCAGGCAGCCGGAGCACUAUAAAAUAUGAACUGAUUCAAGUGAAACAUUUCCUUAGACUUCUUUCAUUACUUUUCUUGAUAAUACUAGCAACAAAAUAAAAAAAAUCAGGAUACCCUUGAUAUUUCUGAGUAUUAAGGAAGUCAAAAUCCAGAGAUGAAUGAAGAAAAUUUAAACCAUAUCUAUGCAAAAACUGCCUGGAAUUAAAAAAACUGUGUCUUCCAAAUAACAGGUCCUAAAGGGGGAAUUGUCUUGUUUAUGUAGCUCUUAUUCCUAAAAGUAAUAAUAAAUUGCCUUGAAUCAAUUCUACACUGAGCAGCAAAGUGGCAAAAUGAGUAUAACUUGCUUUCAAAUCCCUGAAUGUCACUCUUCCUUGCAAUGAGCUGUAAUUUGUACUGCAAAUAAUUUCAUCAUUAUAUUUCUUCUUCCAGGAGAAGACCUGGGUGUAUGAGUAUACUAUCUCCUUACAUCUCCCUGGCUUCUCCUAAUUACCUCGUCCCUAGUCUGUACCACAGCAGGGUUAGAACUAAGAGGUAGCCCUGGUCUACAGUCAAGAAAUAUGCCCUUAAACUUCAUCACAUACUAGAUGCAUCUGUUAUGCACUAUGGAGUCUGAAGUCUCUGGCAGUUAGUAGUAGCAAAUACUUAAUUUCUCUUAAUCUCAUAUAUACUCUCGUAUACUUCAUCUUCUUUCUCUGCCAGAAUAUCACUGUGCCUAAUUAUCAUCUUGCUCUUAUUUCAUCAAUCAAGAAAAAUACCAAAAUGUAAAAAUUAGUAGGAAAGGUGAUAACAUCGGUAAUAUUUUUCCUAUUUAACAUCAAAGUUAAAUUUCAAGCAGUUUUAGGGCUUUUUGUCAUCAUCUUGCUAAUAGUUGGAAGGUUCUUCUGUAUUUCCAACUCCAGAGAAGGAAUUCUAACCAAUAAUUAUCAGUACUUUUCAGGAACAAAUCAAAAGUUCACCUCUCCCACUUCUUAUCAUUGAGCUGUGAUUGCAUACAUUGUCAGUUCUAUAUUUCCAAUAAGUCAGAAAAAGCAACGUUUUAUAUGAAAUCCUGUAGCACAGGUAGUCAGACUGCAAUCUUUUUAUUUUAGGAGUGUGAUUUGUUAACUGUUUUGACAGAGUUAGGGAAGGUCUUAUUUUAUCUUCAAAUAGUUCUUUUUUAAUGAUGCUGUCCUUAUGAGAGGAAGUUCAACUUUUACUUACUGCUGAAGUGAAUGGUUGCAAUUUCACUGACAUCAUGAUUCAAAAUUCACAUGAAUUGUAAUGUUUUUGUUUACAUAUCAGCAUCCCAUGUGCUUAAAAAAAAAACAUUUGGCAGUGUGUACAUAGUUAUUCCUUCCGGACUACUCUUGUUGCUCUAGAAGGUUCCCCACUUCCACCCUGCCACCCUGUUCUCCAUUUUGAUGGAACACAAAGAGUUUGGCAUUGGCAGGUAGUGACUUUUCUUAAAUGCUCUCAUGUCAUUCUUUUUUCUCAAAUGCCUAACCAACAUUUUUAGUUGUUAAUUUCAGUUCUGAAUGGUUGUGAAUAUUAGUGGGGAGAUGUUAUUCAGAUACAUAAUAAGCAGCAGGUACUACAUGUAGCCAGAUUUAGGGCCAUCAGAAUUCCACUAAACAAAGCCGGUGACCACUUCUAUAGACAAACAUGCUUUAACUGAUGCUGACUAUUUUUGCCUAUAACAAAACUGAAUCUAGGCAAUUUUUGUUAGUUUCUCUAUAAAUUACUAUUUUUCUACUCAUAGAGAGGAAUAUAAAGGGAACUUUUAAACAAUUAUUUUCUGAGGUGACAUCAGUUUUAACAAGGCUCUGUGGAUUUUUUGGGGGGUGGGUGCUUUUCUGAUAUUUGUGCAUAUAUAUGUAGAAACUGCAUGUGUUAUCACCUUUUUGAUCACAAUUUGGAUAAGCAUUGCGAUGUAAUUUCAACAUAAUUUACAUGUUGUUGUUCUGCAGUUCAAAUCUUUCUCAUCAUCUACCUCUCAACUGAAGUUUGGAGACUUUCAUGACCUUAGAAGAAUACAGUUAACAAAAAGUAUCAUGAUAAAACCUGUACUGACUAUUAGAAAGUCUCCCAAAUAUUUUGAAUCUACCUACAGUUCUUAAGACAAUGCAUAUUUAUGACCAAAUUCUUCUUUCAAUUGGCAUAGUUUUAUUAAAUAUAAAGAUUUAACUCAUACUGGUGUAACUUUUACGUCACUGAAUUGGCAUAAAAACUCAAUGUAUCAUUUAGAUAUCCAGACUCUAAUGCCCUUUCUGUGAGAUGCUGGCCCUCCUCUUUUUUUUUGUUUGUUUUCUUUCCAAGUUAGUGGAAGUAGAUUAAUGGAAAUAUAUCAUAGUUAAUAUAUGUGAUUUAAAAAAAAAAAUACUGCUGAAGAUUUUGUGUUUUGCAUCCCUGGAAAAAAAAAAUCUUUAGUUUAGAAAUAAUAUAUAAUUUUAGCUUGCUUUGCAUUUUUGUGGGGCAUUUGAGGCAGAUAGUCGCAAAAUGUUGGAAAUAAUGAUUGUUCUUCAUAUGCUCUUUACAAAACCAGAGAUGAUUGUUUAUUCAAAGAUAUUUUUUUUAGUCUGCAAACCAUUCUGCCUUCUAGGACCUAGUACAAAGUCCACUGAAGCCAACAUAAAAAACCCCUUUCAAAGUCAAAGAGCUUUAUCAAACAUUGGAGGUGAUUUGGCUUCAGUGGAGGCUCCAGCCUUAUUUUCUCCAUAUCAAGUCUCAGGAGCAUCAAAUGUAACACAGCAAAUGCAGGAUUUGUUGCAGCUGGCAAAUUUAGCUAUGACUGUAUAAUAUUCCUAAUGAAUCAGUCCCUAAAUUAACGCACAAUAUGUAUUGUUUUAAUAGCCUAUGUAAAUAAAAAAGUCAAACACAAACUCUGAAUGUAAAUUAUAAUAUGUAGAGGAUAUAUUGAAAUAAAUAUCUGAACAAAUCUGUUUAACCUCAAAGGAAAUCAUCUGUUUCCUUUCAAGCCUUCCUUCAGCAGUUUAUAAUCUUCAUUUUUGUUCUUUCCAGGGAAAAUGGUUUGUCUUUUGGGAAUGUAUAUUUAUAUUUAUAUAUAAGGGAAUAUACAUGCAUAUAUGUUUGUAUAUAUAUGUAUUCCCCUAUAUAUCAAACUCUAAUUUAUAUAUAUUAUAUAUAUUUAUGUAUAUAUAAAAUAUAUAUAAUGUCUUAGAGUAAGUUGCAUACUGUGCCUGAUAAAUGAAGCAUAUUUGUAAGCAGAUAAAUUACUUCAGCAAAUGACAGAAAAGAUUAAAAAAUUUCUACAAGAGUAUAUUUUAUUAUUUUUCAGUUUCUACUGGUUUUAUUUAUAUUAAAAAUUCAUUCAGAAAAGAACAAUAUUACAUAACACUGGUAUUUCAAUCAUUACUCAGAUCAAAAUGGCCUAAGAUUGCUGAGAAUUUUCAUUGUUGUUAGACUGUAAAACCUACAUUGUUGGUGGAGGUGUUGGUGCAUUGUUUUUGCUGUGGAAGUGUUAACUAGAUGAUCUCUGAACAGAC